UCAUCUGCUAUAUAAAAAGUCAAAGAUCUGCACUGAGAAACAGUGUACAGCAAGCUCUCUAUGUGCAGUAUUCCUGGCUGAUUUGAGUGAGAAACAAUGGGAGUCUGGACUGUCUGUGUGUCUCUGUGUCUGCUCUUUGCUCUGAAUGCUUCAGCCUGUCAGAGUGGGUGGACUCGAUAUGGACGUACAUGCUUCAAGGUUUUUAACAAUCCAAUGUCCUGGAAGGAUGCAGAGCUGACGUGCUUGAAUCAUGGUGGGAACCUUGCCUCUGUACACAGUAACCAGGAGUAUGCCACCUUAAAGCUCAUGAUCUCAAGUUCAAAAUCAUACUGGAUAGGAGGCUAUGAUGCUGUUUCAGAGGGAACGUGGUUGUGGAGUGAUGGAUCCAAAAUGAAUUUCAAACUUUGGAACCCUAACGAACCCAACAACCUACAUGGCGAGCACUGCAUGCAGAUGAACUUUGGAGCCAAAAGAAAUUGGAAUGACCAAAAAUGUGCAGUCAAGAUACCAUUUGUGUGUGCCAUUUUUCGCUGAUCUCUUUCCUGUUAAAUCAGAAGUGGCAUGCCUGUUCAAUCUUAUUUUUUAUUGUUUCAAACAUUUUUAAUAUAGUGCAAAAUGUACCAAAAUGACUGAUUCUAAGUUCAGUUGCAAUUUUGCUUUGCACAGAUGAUGCCUCUGUGUCUUUCUUUCUUUCUUUCUGUAACUCAAUAAAUCAAAUAGCAUUCA